CAGUCUCGUGCAUUGUGGAAGCGGAUCGAGAAACAUGGCGGCGCGCGUCAUUGCCCGGUGUGUCCGAUCACUGAAUCACCGUACUGUAUGUUUUAACCGUGUCAAUACUGUCGCGACAUUAACAGCAGCUCCGCUCAUCCGUGGACGAGCAUUCUCACAGCUGACUCAUGGACACAAGUCUCCGCUGGAGCAGUUCUCCAUCAGUUCAUUUCAGGUUUUUCAGUGGAGGCAGUACGGUGACUUGCCCCCAUUAACCCUGGACUCUAUCCAUGAGCGUGUCCUCUACGUCCUGAAGCUCUACGACAAGAUCAGCCCAGAGAAGCUUCAGGCUACGUCUCACUUCAUGAAGGAUUUGGGAUUGGACAGUUUAGAUCAGGUGGAGAUCAUCAUGGCCAUGGAAGAUGAAUUUGGUUUUGAAAUUCCUGAUGCUGAUGCAGAGAAGUUGAUGACACCACAAGAGAUAGUUCAGUACAUCGCAGACAAGAAGGAUGUUUAUGAAUUAGCAUAAACUAUCAUUAUAAAGAUAAUCCCAUCAAAUGACAAAGACCAUGGCGUUUUCUUCAUGAACUGUUUAUGUUACUGCUAUUCUUUGUCAUUCUUUAUUCUUUUUGUAUUUAGAUAACUGUUUAAACAGUGUUCAUAAUUUUGCUUGUGGCUGCUUGUGAUUUGUCUGUUAGAGACAUGAACAAGCUCCUCAUUCAUUCAGCGUGCAAAUAAUGUGAAUAAUACAUAUGAACACUACAAAAAUAAAGACUUUGAAUAAGUUU